GAAGACACUUGAAGACGCGAAGGAAAAUGCAACAGUACUCAAAAAUAUUAUGGAAGAAAGACAAGAACGUCUGUCACUUAAAAGCUCUUUAUGUCUGAAAGAACAAUCCUUAGCAGAGAACUUUGGAAAUCAAUCAAGAACAUCUGUGUUUAUAUUGUUAGGGCUUACACAAGACCCAGACCUAAAAAUCUUUCUUUUUUGUGCGUUUUUCUUUAUGUACCUUAUAACUGUUAUUGGAAAUGUUGGAAUCUUUGUUAUCAUCAAACACUCUUCCCAUCUCCACACACCCAUGUACUUUUUCCUUAGUCAUUUAGCUUUCAUUGAUUUUUGCUAUGCCUCUUCAGUGGUUCCAAACACAAUGGUACAUUUCCUAAAACAUGAUAGGUAUAUUACAAGUUUUGGCUGCGCCACCCAACUUUUCAUGUUUUCUUCCUUGGGCUCAACAGAAUGUCUCCUUUUUGGUGUGAUGGCAUAUGAUCGUUAUGCAGCCAUAUGUAAGCCUCUACAUUACAGUGUGAUUAUGACAAAACAAAAAUGCUACAUACUAAUAAUCACUUCGUAUUUUGCUGCAGUUCUUCAAGCAAUUAUCCAGAUUUCCAGCAUCUUUACUUUAAACUUUUGUGGGUCUAAUGUUAUCAAUCAUUUUAUAUGUGAUGCUCUGCCUUUGAUAAGAAUUUCUUGCUCAAACACUUCUCUGAAUAAGAUACUGAUUACUGUGUGUGCUACGAUCAUAGGCGGAGGGUCACUGUUUAUUAUACUUACAUCUUAUACUUACAUUGUGUCAACUGUUGUCAAAAUACCAUCAUCACAUGGCAAGAGAAGAGCUUUCUCCACAUGUGCGUCCCAUAUAACAUGUGUUACGUUGUUCUAUGGUACUGUUUUAUUCAACUACAUGCAUCCAUCUGGCACGUCAUCAUCGGUGAACAAUGAAAUAGUAGCAUCUAUAUUUUACAUAGUAGUUAUACCAAUGUUAAAUCCUCUCAUUUACAGUUUAAGGAACAAGGAAGUGAGGCUUAUUUUGGAUAGAUUCUACAGUCAAAGAACUGUAUUCCACUGUUCCUUCUUACACUUCUGA